UUAUCUAGCCACCAUUUGCCUUGAUAAAUGGUUCACAGACAAGAGGCAUUCAUUUUCAGCAGGAAAUCACGUGACACAUAUUCCCAGCUCUUCUGCAGCAAUUUUCGAAGAUUUUACCACCAUAGUAAUGGCAAGCCAGCGGCCACUAUCUGGGAAGUUUAAAAUCCGUGGUACUCUUCCGCCUGGGACCGGGAGACCCCCUACUGCCAUCAGGCCCCCGCCGACUGCAGCCCGGAUUGGCACUGGGAUGGUUCCUGGGACUGGGCGUCCAGGGACCAGAGGGGGACCUAUACCCUCCCCGGGGGUCCUGUCUGCUCAGAUCAAAGUGACUGAGCGGCCUGUCACUCAGCAGGGUCUGACUGGCAUGAAGACCGGGAUGAAAGGACCUCAGAGACAAAUCCUGGACAAAUCAUAUUACCUCGGAUUGCUCAGGAGUAAAAUAAGUGAACUUACUACAGAGUCCUGCAAACUGCAAAAAGAAAUUGAUGCAUUUAAUCAGGAGAACUCUGUCUACUUGUCCUAUGAAAAAAGAGCUGAAGGACUUGCUGGUGAAAUACAAGAUCUUCAGGGAGAGCUGGCAGAUUACAACAUGCUUGUGGACAAACUGAACACUAACACUGAAAUGGAAGAAAUAACAAAUGAUUUUAAUAUGCUCAAAGCAGAGAAUGACAAAGAGACCCAGAGCAUGGAUAUUAUUUUCACAGAGAGACGCAGUAAAGAGGAGAUGAUCCGAACGGUAGAGGAGGAAAUCAAUAAGGAGAAACAGACAGCAGACAGCAUCGUGAAGAAGAUGCUGCCUGGUGACCAGGACAAGUAUGCUGACAUGAGAGCAGCCAAUGAAGAGCUUCUUCAGGUGUUGGACAGUCACCAACAGGAACUCGAUGCGCUAAUCACUCAGAAGGAAGCACUGGAAGCAGAGAUCGCUCACUCGCAAGUGAAGCAGGAAGCCGUGUUACUGCACGAGAAGCUGCAGCAGCUGGAGCAUCGCAGAGACACCAUGAUUUCUGAAGACAAGAGCCUGGGCUCCCCACAGGAGGAGCGGGAGCGGCUGCUCAGACAGGUCAAAGAGGACAAUCAGGAGAUAGCAAGCAUGGAUCGACAGUUGACUGAAAUCCGAGAGAAGAUCAGCCAGAUCAGUGAGGAGAUGCAGCACCUGCACGAUGACAUGGAGGAGCACCAAGGAGAACGCAAGCAGAAGUACGAGGAACUGAGAAAAAGGGAGGAAAACAUGGACAAUUUCCUGGAGACCUUUGAGGAGACCAAAGCUCAGGAGGUGCAGCGCAGCCUGCAGGUACAGGCUGAGAUCGUGGCGUUGCUGGAGCACUCGAGCAGGAACAUCAACCACAUGAAGCAGAUUUCUUCUGUCACGGCCACUGAGUUGAAGUCUAUGCAGGAGGAUCUCAGCUUCAAAGAGACCGAGAUGCACAAGUCGCAGAAUACGGCCAAAGGGCUGUCUUCAGGUGAGAUCAGGGGGCUCUCUUAAGCUAGGAGGAGGUAAGGAGCAGACACUGAUUACAGCGCACAGCCACACCCACCAAACAACAGACCACCUCUGGGAUGAGAACCUGAAGGCGGCCAUGUGGCGGGUGAUACCUCAGCGCCACACUAAUCCAAAUGGACCAGUGUGAGGGUUUUUCUGGUGGCUGCAGUGCCAAUCCUGUCACCAACCCCCAAGUUAUUCCCUGUAAGUUGG